UCCUCCAGUCAGCUGACUUAUAAUGUGAUGCUCUCCGAAUGUGUUUUAACAUCGCGCCUCUCUUUCCAGCAAUGUUUUAAAACAUCAUACAUUUUAACGUUAUUUUGAAGCCGACGAAAGUGAUCUAUAUCAUCCGAUUGAUCGUUUGAGUAAUCAUGACAGAGUUUUGGUUGAUCUCUGCUCCUGGAGAGAAGACCUGCCAGCAGACAUGGGAGAAAAUGAACCUGGCCACAAUUCAUCCCAACAACAUGUCCACUAACCACAAAUUCAACAUUCCUGAUCUUAAAGUGGGAACUCUUGAUGUCCUUGUAGGGUUGUCAGAUGAGCUUGCCAAACUGGACUCUUUCGUAGAGAGUGUGGUGAGGAAAGUGGCCCAGUACAUGGCUGAUGUUUUAGAGGACAGCCGAGAUAAAGUUCAGGAAAAUCUUUUGGCCAAUGGAGUUGAUCUGGUCACAUACAUUAUACGUUUUCAAUGGGAUAUGGCCAAGUAUCCAAUCAAACAGUCCCUUAAGAACAUAUCCGAUAUCAUCUCUAAGCAAGUGACUCAGAUUGACAAUGACCUUAAAGCCAGAGCUUCAGCUUAUAAUAGCCUUAAAGGCACCCUACAAAGCCUGGAGAGAAAAAACGUGGGGAAUCUUUUGAAUAGGAGUUUGGCUGAUAUAGUCAAGAAGGAUGAUUUUGUAUUAGACUCUGAAUACCUUACAACUCAACUUGUUGUUGUUCCAAAGACAAAUUAUGCAGACUGGCAGAAGACAUAUGAAACGCUUUCUGAAAUGGUGGUUCCAAGGUCCACAAAGCUUCUGUUUGAGGACCAAGAAAAUGGGUUGUUUAGUGUCACACUCUUUAGGAAGGCGAUUGAUGACUUCAAACACAAAGCAAGAGAAAACAAGUUCAUGGUGCGUGACUUUCAGUACAAUGAAGAGGAGAUGAAAGCAGACAAAGAGGAGAUGACUCGCCUCUCCACAGACAAGAAGAAGCAAUUUGGUCCUUUGGUACGUUGGCUUAAAGUAAACUUCAGCGAGGCAUUCAUCGCAUGGAUACACAUCAAGGCACUCCGAGUUUUUACAGAGUCCGUCUUGAGGUAUGGGCUGCCAGUCAAUUUCCAGGCCAUGCUGCUGCAGCCCAACAAGAAGAAUGCAAAGAAGCUGAGAGAUGUCCUGCAAGACCUUUACAAACAUUUGGACAGCAGUGCUAAUGUUAUUGACGCAUCUAUGGACAUUCCAGGUCUGAACCUCAGCCAGCAAGAAUAUUAUCCAUAUGUUUACUACAAGAUCGACUGCAAUGUCCUUGACUUAAAAUAGAGUUCAGAUUCAAAUGCACCAUUCCAUCCUGUGAGACUCAGACAUGACACCUAUAACUUAUUAAAGACUUAUUGAUUA